UCAGGAGCAUCUUGGGUCUAACGUUAGAGCCUGUCAUCAAUUCUGCAAGAAAGGUAAUCAUGGGAGGACGGAAGACACCAAGAGAUGAAGAAAAUGCCUAUGGUUUCCAGGAGUUCAGGUCCGCCCCGCAGGAGCGCAGGCUGCGCCUCCUCCUGGUUGGGAGGUCGGGGACCGGGAAGAGCGCCACAGGCAACAGCAUCCUCCAGCGGAAGCACUUCCUCUCCAGGCUCGCGGCCACGGCGGUGACCCGGGCCUGCGCCACGGGGAGCUGCCGCUGGGCCUCGUGGAACGUGGAAAUCCUCGACACCCCUGACCUCUUCAGCCCCGAGGUCGCCCAGGCAGACCCGGGCUUCGAGGAGAGAGCCCGCUGCUACCUGCUGUCGGCCCCGGGGCCCCACGCCGUGCUCCUGGUGACCCAGCUCGGCCGAUUCACCGCCCAGGACCUGCGGGCCUGGCGCGGGGUGAAGGCGCUCUUCGGGGCGGACAUCGCGGCGCGCGCCGUCGUGGUCUUCACCCGCAGGGAGGACCUGGCGCGGGGCUCGCUGCAGCAGUACGUGCGCGACACCGACAACCGCGCCCUCCGGGAGCUGGUGGCCGAGUGCGGGGGCCGCUGCUGCGCCUUCGACAACCGAGCGGCCGACGGGGAGCGCGAGGCGCAGGUCGGCGAGCUGAUGGGGCUGGUGGAGGAGCUGGUGCGGGACCACGGCGGCGCCCCCUACACCAACGACGUGUACCGCCUGGCGCAGACCCUGGGCGGGCUGAGCCCCGAGGAGAGGCUGCUCAGGGUGGCGGAGCGACUGGCCGCCCGCACGCCGAUGUGGCCGCGGCGCUGGCCUCUGGCCGGGCUGUGGCGGUGGCCCAAGGCGGGGCCGGGGACCCGGUGUAAACUGGGCCUGGCAGCGCUGCUGGGCUCCCUGUUCCUGCUGUACCUGCUCUGCAGGUAGCUCCCGAUUCCUUUCGUGAGGUUUGUCCUGACACAUGGUAAAUAAUACUUUGUCCCUUGCAGUGAUAAUCACGUUCAUCUGAGGUGCGCUGCUGCUUUAGGGCCCAAAUUCCCUUCUUUUCUCCCUCACCUUGCCUAAUCUACCAACCUCAGAGUCGUCCCAGGCAAAUCUCCCCCCUGAAACCUUCCUGUGUUACCUGGUGGUCCCUGAACUCCCCACUCUGCAGAACCUAACAGUCACUGUUAAUUUUAGGUGUUUUCCACCUGACCUCAGACUGCCUUUGACUCCCUCCUGUCACUGAACUGUUUUUACUCCUGAAAGCAGAUGAGGACCAUUUGCCCUCUCAUCCCCUGGACUCCCGGGUGAACCAAGGGCAGAACCACCCCAGGGCAGAGUCUGAGUACAUAUUCAUUUGUUUGAAUUGAACUGAAUGGAAGAAAUAAAUGUACUGGACAGUCA